AUGUAUAGAAGAUGCCAAAGAAGGCGUACAGCUCUACCAAUUAAAGAUGAUUUGUUGUCUUUGAAGACACCGAGAAGAAUUUCACAUGCUGAACUUUCACGAGCAACUAAUGGAUUUGAGGAAAGCAAUAUGCUUGGUUCAGGGAGUUUUGGAUAUGUAUAUAAAGGGAGGCUUUCAGAUGGAAUGGAAGUUGCAAUAAAAGUUUUCAAUUUGCAAAUAGAGGGAGCAUUUAGGAGUUUUGACAUUGAAUGUGAUGCUAUGCGUAAUAUAGUUCAUCGUAAUAUUGUGAAGGUCAUUACUUGCAGCUCAAGUGUUGACUUCAAAGCCUUGGUGCUUGAUUACAUGUCUAAUGGAAACCUUGAGAAAUGGUUACAUUCUGAAAAUUGUUUCCUUGAUAUCAUACAAAGGGUCGACAUAAUGAUAGAUGUUGCGGUAGCUAUAGAACAUCUCCACAAUGGACAUCCAACACCUAUAAUUCACUGUGACAUAAAACCAAGCAAUAUUUUACUAGAUGAAGACAUGGUUGCACAUGUUGGAGAUUUUGGCGUUGCCAAAUUGUUGGGAGAAGGUGAAGUAAUGAAGCAAACCUUGACUCUUGCAACUAUCGGAAUUUGGAUCAGCAGGAAUUGUUUCUAUAAAAUCUGACGUCUAUAGUUAUGGGAUCGUCCUUAUAGAAACUUUCACAAAGAAAAAGCCAACUGAUAAUGUUUUUGUUGAAGAAGAGACUAUAAGGCAUUGGAUGGAAAGUUCAUUGCCUAAAGGAGCGAUAGAAAUUGCAGAUGUUGUGGUUGAGCUGAAGAAAAUCAAACAAAGGUUGGUAAACAACAUCCAACAUUGUUAACAGAGAUGGUGAGUAAAGAUUGUGGUUAUUAAUUCACACUUAAUUUUAUCUUUUAUUCAACAUUUUUCAUCUAUUCUGGAAUUUAAUCAUAUAAACUAUUUUUUUUCUUUUGCUCUCACGUAGUAGGCUCUCUUCAAAAUUCAAACUUCUUUUGCAAAAUCAAAAUGGAAACCAAUAAAAUAAGCAACAAGCCUUCCCAUGAAUUACGAUUUAUGGUAGCUUUUGGACAUCAAGUUAUUUUCCUUGUUAGAUUGGAUUUUCUUAGUUUCUUUUUCCAUUUACGGUAUAAUUUUAUUUUAAUCUUUUGCCAAAGAUUUUAUUAGUGGCAAAGCCAGAAAAUCCUUUUAGGGGGUGAAAUUAAAUUGUAAUUUUUACUAUAGUAAAAAUGUAAUUUCACCAUUUUAAUAGCCUAUAUUUUUUAUAAUUUC